UAGCAAGACAGCAUCAUGAUCCUGGGGCAGUGUUCCUGGAGAGUCUAGUCGCAACUGUUCGAUGACGUCAUACAUUAGCAUAGUGCUACGGGAAGCCAGAGCAGCAGCGUUACUUGUACCUCGUGUGUGGCAACUGCUGUCUAAGCGGCCCUGUAUCCCAGGAGUAGCAACACGUUGACCAGGUGGACUGAUGUGACGAGCUACUUCCAGGAUUGCCGUUGGAUGACUAUUACCUAGCUUCUCGGAC